AUGGCUGAAGAAGAUCCAAAGGGGCCCGGAAGCCCAAUCUCUCUUUCUUUUUCAGGGAGUGGGUUUCUUAUAAACUACCAGGUAGGAGUGGUGCAGGCUUUAUGGGAAUUGGCACCUGAAAUAAUGAGAUCAGCAUCCAAGGUCUAUGGAACAUCAUGUGGGUCAGUUGUAGCUGCAGCAGUGGCGUGCGAUGUUGACGUUGGUCUGAUAGAAGAAUUUUUUCAUGAAGCUAUGGAAGAAGCCAAGAAAGUGAGUAUUCUCACCCUUUGUCCAGGCCACCGUAUGCUUCGGAUCAUAGAGAAGGGGAUGAGUCAACUACUGCCAGAGAACUCACACCAGCUGGCUUCGGGGAAGCUUUGCAUUUCCCUCACGCGUGUGUUGGACUUACAGAACGUCAUCAUUUCAGAGUACAGAUCGAAGGAGGAGGUUGUACAGGCAGUGAUCUGUAGCUGCUUCCUUCCUGUCUAUUGUGGAUUCAACCCUCCCUCCUUCCAAGGCAUGCGCUACAUUGAUGGAGGUAUGACUAACAUGCAGCCUGGCUCAGACUCGGAAACCAUGAUCACAGUAUCCCCUUACACAGGAGAGGUCGACAUCUGCCCGAGGGACUGCCCAGCCUAUUUCAACUGCAUUAGCUUCUUCCGAAGCACCUUCCAGCUCUCAGCUGAGAACUUGAGCAGGUUUACUUAUAGUAUUUUCCCACCCAGUCCUCCGGUGCUACGUGAGUUUUAUUUACAAGGAUAUCACGAUGCCAUUUUCUUCUUACAGAGGCACAGGGAGAACGGGACAGUAAAUGGAACGGACAAGAAAAUACCACAGCCGACACCUGUGCACUGUGACAAAGCGGUAGCUCUGCCUGCUCCGAAGAGCAAGGAGAUGCCUGGAUCCCUGGGCUCAGCUGCUGAGAUCACAUCACAGCAUCUUGUGCCAUGCAAACUUCACAUGAACAUGUCACCUUCUCUCACAGACAGGUGAGAACGACUUGUAUGAGGAUUUCACAACAGCCACAAAGGCCCUGUCUUCAUCCGAAAAGAAGGGUGUGCUCUUCAUUCAAGCUAGUAGCUGAGUGAAGACAAGGCUUGCCACGGAGUCUAUAACUUGACCAGUU